GGGCGGGGGCGGGGACGGGUCCCGCCCCUCCCCCACGUGGCGCAGAGUGGUGUGGAGGGUGCCGACGGAGAUUCCCACGAGGUGCGGUGACCCGGUAGCCGGCAUUUGUCCUCGCUGACGUCGUGGGCCUGUGGGCCCGCUGCCUGCAGAGAUGCCGAAGAUCAAGUCAGGGACGAGCGGCCGUCGCCGCGAGCGGCUAGCACAGCGCCGGGAGCUGAAGAGCGCCGGAGGACUCAUGUUCAACACGGGGAUUGGGCAGCACAUUUUGAAAAAUCCUCUCAUUGUUAACAGCAUUAUCGAUAAGGCUGCCUUAAGACCAACGGAUGUGGUGCUGGAAGUUGGACCUGGAACUGGCAAUAUGACUGUUAAGUUGCUAGAAAAGGCAAAAAAGGUAAUUGCCUGUGAACUUGACCCAAGGCUAGUAGCUGAACUUCACAAAAGAGUUCAGGGCACGCCUCUGGCCAGCAAACUUCAAGUAAUGGUGGGUGAUGUGUUAAAAACAGAUUUGCCAUUCUUUGAUGCUUGUGUAGCAAAUUUGCCUUAUCAGAUCUCUUCUCCUUUUGUCUUCAAGCUGUUGCUGCACCGACCUUUUUUCAGAUGUGCUAUACUUAUGUUUCAAAGAGAAUUUGCUCUCCGACUGGUUGCAAAACCGGGAGAUAAGUUAUACUGCAGACUCUCAAUUAAUACACAGCUGUUAGCACGUGUGGACCAUCUAAUGAAAGUUGGAAAGAAUAACUUCAGACCACCACCCAAGGUGGAAUCCAGUGUUGUAAGAAUAGAACCUAAGAAUCCACCACCACCUAUCAAUUUUCAGGAAUGGGAUGGCCUAGUAAGGAUCACCUUUGUUAGGAAAAACAAGACACUGUCUGCUGUAUUUAAGUCAAGUGCAGUACAGCAGCUGUUGGAAAAGAACUACAGAAUUCACUGUUCGGUCCAUAAUAUUAUAAUACCAGAAGAUUUCAGCAUAGCAGAUAAAAUACAGCAAAUCCUAACCAGCACAGGUUUUAGUGACAAGCGGUCCCGUUCCAUGGACAUAGACGACUUUAUCAGAUUGCUACAUGGAUUCAAUGCAGAAGGUAUCCAUUUUUCUUAGGUUAUUUGGAAAAUAGGUUUUUCAAGCUCAAGAAAAGAAACUGGAAUUAUGUAUUUUUAAUAAUUUGAGAUGACGUAUGCUUCUCCUCCACUGGGACACCGCUUGGCUAUUUUUUAUUUAAUACUACUGUUGUCACCUCUUAUUACUCUGAAUUGUUAAGGUAGUUAAGUAAGUCGAUUUAAGUACCCAAGUUUUGUUGAUUUGGUUUGCUUUUAUCAUCUAACCUAGGGCAGGGUCCAAUCUGUACGUGACAAUCCGAGUUCAGGAGCCGCAGACACGCACAACUUUACACUUAAAUUUAUCAUUUCUAACAGGCUAUUGUAUAAAGAUGUGACUCUUCUGUUUUCUGUGUUGUGUAUUACUGUGAGGACUUCUUUGGGCCUUCAGCUCUUUAGGCCUUUGUCCCUCAGGUGUAAAAACGUUAAAAUACGCUUAAACUUAGUGACAUAUUCCCCAUACCAUUCCUUCAUGUUACUGAUGUGUAUAGUAAAACAAUUGUUUCUUAAAGUGUUUUAA